AUGAGAACCUCAGCUGCCUUUAGAAGUCUGCGCUUGCGGCAGGCGAAGACACAGCUCUUCAAUAAAAAGACCAUCUAUCGGCCGUUCUCAUCCUCACGACCUAGCCAAGAUGGCUCCUCCUCCGACGAUUCGGGCUUCAAUAAAGUCUCGAGAAAGAUCACACAGCCAAAGUCUCAAGGUGCCUCACAAGCAAUGCUGUACGCCACCGGUCUCAACGAGACGGACAUGAACAAAGCACAGGUCGGGAUAUCGUCAGUCUGGUGGUCAGGAAACCCUUGCAACAUGCAUCUACUCGACCUUUCCAAUAUUGUCAAGAAAGGCGUGGCAGACUCGGGGCUUGCUCCUAUGCAGUUCAACACCAUUGGUGUCUCAGACGGCAUCUCCAUGGGCACCACUGGCAUGCGUUACAGUCUACAAUCUCGGGAGAUCAUUGCCGAUUCAAUUGAGACUGUCAUGCAGGGACAAUGGUAUGAUGCCAAUAUAUCUAUCCCAGGUUGUGACAAGAAUAUGCCGGGGGUUAUGAUGGCCAUUGGCCGUGUAAACCGGCCCUCACUUAUGGUUUACGGUGGCUCUAUCGCCCCAGGCUGUGCCUCGACUCAAAACAACGCCGAUAUUGAUAUCGUUUCCGCAUUCCAAGCUUAUGGGCAAUUCAUUACUGGAGAGAUCAAUGAGGAGCAACGGUUUGAUAUCAUCCGUCACGCAUGCCCAGGUGGUGGUGCUUGUGGUGGUAUGUAUACCGCUAAUACUAUGGCAUCAGCUAUAGAGACUCUUGGUAUGACAUUACCGGGUUCUGCGUCUAAUCCUGCCGUCUCAAGAGCAAAACAGCUUGAAUGUCUAGCAGCUGGAGGUGCUAUCAAAAAUCUCCUCAAGCUCGACCUCAAACCUCGUGAUAUCAUGACUCGCCAGGCAUUUGAAGACGCAAUGGUACUCGUAAUGAUUACCGGAGGCUCCACUAACGCCGUUCUACAUCUCAUUGCUAUGGCUGACGCCGUGGGUCUUAAACUCACAAUCGAUGACUUCCAAGCGGUAUCCGACCGCACACCAUUCCUAUCCGACCUGAAGCCCAGCGGAAAAUACGUAUUCAAUGAUCUCCAUGAUAUCGGUGGAAUACCUACGUUGUUGAAAUUCCUCAUCAAAGAGGGGGUCGUCAAGGGUGACCACAUGACUGUUACAGGACAGACAUUGAAGAAGAAUGUUGAAUCUGCGGCAGACUUCCCUUCAGAUCAGACCAUCAUCAAACCAUUCUCCCAACCAAUCAAAUCCACUGGCCAUAUCCAGAUCCUUCGAGGCUCUCUCGCGCCAGGUGGCUCAGUAGGGAAGAUCACCGGAAAGGAAGGUCUAGUGUUCACGGGUAAAGCCAAAGUUUACGACGCAGAAGAUCUCUUCAUCGAAGCACUCGAACGCGGAGAGAUCAAGAAAGGUGAAAAGACUGUAGUGGUCAUCCGCUAUGAAGGUCCCAAGGGUGGCCCCGGUAUGCCAGAGAUGUUGAAACCCAGCUCUGCAAUCAUGGGUGCUGGUCUAGGCAAAGACGUCGCACUUAUCACCGAUGGUCGGUUCAGCGGUGGAUCCCACGGCUUCCUCAUCGGCCAUAUCGUUCCUGAGGCGAUGGAAGGUGGACCUAUCGGGCUGGUUGAAGAUGGCGAUGAGAUCGUCAUUGACGCAGAGAAGAGAGUUCUAGACCUGAAGGUCGAUGAACAGAUACUCGUCAGCAGACGCGAGAAGUGGGCGGCAAACAGACCAGAGCCUCGUGCCACGAGAGGCACUCUUGCAAAAUACGCCAAGUUGGUUUCCGACGCCAGUCAUGGAUGCAUCACCGACGGCGAAGGUGCGGUUGCCCUGCAUUGA